CUAAUAGUGCAGCUACCCAGGUUGCUCCUGCGACUGUCGCGCCUAGUCCGAGAGGGAAUAAUACAUUUAGUCCUUCAGGAAAUACGUCUUCUAGUAGCUCGACUCCUAGUAACGCGGCUUUCGCCGGGGCGCCGCAUCGUCUCCCUGCUGCUCCGCAAUCCGCGGCCUCUAAGCCGGCCGCCAUGUCAGCAGCUUCCACGUCAUCGGCUGCCGCGUCAGUAGGCCCUAUUCCGCCUGGCAUUGACGUCCAGAGCCCGCGGGGAGUGGCGGGCGGAAGUUUCCAGAGCCCGCGUGGGCGGAAGAAACCGUCCGCGCAGCAGUUGCGCACACCCAGCGCAUUGGCGCGUCUCCCCCUCCCCGUCUCUUCCGCCGCCGCCUCUUUCGCCUCCUCCGCCCCUUCCGCCGCCUCCUCCGCCUCCUCCCUCCCCGCCGGCGCAUCGUCCAUUUCCCCCUCCACCCGUAACGCCUCGCCCUCUGCUGUUUCCGCCUCCCCCGCCGCGGCUUCCGCCUCUCCCUCCGCGCGCUCCCCCGGCGCCACACAUAGCGCGGAAAACACCUCCCGGAAUGCGUCCCCGAGCGCCGCUGCUGCGCCCGCCGCGCAGGCCGCCGGUGCCCCUUCUGCUCCCACUGCCUCUACCCCUUCUACUACUGCUGCUGCCGGCGCUGCUGCUGCUGGUGGCUUAGCGGCUGUUCCCCUCCCGUUGCCCGUCAGCGGCGAGAUCGCCGCGCGCGCUGCUGCUGCUUCCAGCGCGCAACCCGCGAGCGCGGGGGGGGUUGAGGGGGGUGCGCUGGCGGUUUCUCCGCCUUGCGCCAGCGCUGCUCCACAAGAGGCUGGGGAGCAGGGCAAAGGGGGAGACAGAGAUAUGGGGUCUUUUAAAAGGUCUGGGGAGGAGGGGGGUGAGCAGCAGCAGCAGCAGCAGCAGCAGCAGCAGCAGCAGCAGCAGCAGCAGCAGCAGCAGCAGCAGCAGCAGCAGCAGCAGCAGCAGCAGCAGCAGCAGCAGCAGCAGCAGCAGCAGCAGCAGCAGCAGCAGCAGCAGCAGAGACACCAGCAGGGGAAGAAAGGGAAGGCUGGUGACACGACCGGAUCGCUCAAUAGCGGGGACAGCAGCACCAGCACCAGCACUGCAGAAACAACAUCGUCUGCUGCUGCUUCAGCAGCUGCUGCCGCUGCUUCAGCAGCCGCUGCUGCUGCUUCUCCGGGCACUGGUGCUGCUGCUUCUGCGGCCGCUGCUGCUGUUGCAGACGCAGCAGUGAGCAGCAGUGGCAGCAGCGGCAAGGGGAAAGCCCCAACGACCCUGAUUCCUUUCACGUACGCCCAGGUCCUUCAGAUGACAGGGGGACUUGCGGAGGAGGGUAGAAUCGGCGAGGGCGGGUUCGGCGCGGUGUACAAGGGGAAUUUACCCACGAAAAGUGGGCGUAAGAUACCCGUGGCUGUGAAAGUGCUCAAUGCAGAGGGGCAGCAGGGCGAGAGGGAGUGGUUAACAGAAGUGAGCGUGUUGGCUCACCUCGCCCACCCCAACCUCGUUUCUCUCGUUGGCUACUGCGCCCACGACCACCACCGCAUGCUCGUCUACCCUUACUUACCCAACGGUUCGCUCGAACACAAACUUUUCGGACUGCCCGCAAAGGAAUUCCCGCUGACGUGGCAGCAGCGGAUUGGCAUUGCGCUGGGAGCGGCUAAGGGGCUGGCAUACUUACAUGAAGAGUGCGGAAAGCCGCUCAUCUAUCGGGACUUCAAGACGUCCAACAUCCUGCUCACCAAGGACUGGCAGGCCAAGCUCUCGGACUUUGGGCUGGCCAGGAGCGGGCCAGAGGGGGACAACACGCAUGUGUCCACGCGGAGGAGGACAGCACGCAUGCCUCCCUCCACGCGGGUGGUGGGCACAGUGGGGUAUGCCGCCCCAGAGUAUGUGUUGACAGGCCAUCUGACGGUGAGGAGUGACGUGUACAGCUUUGGCGUGGUGCUGCUGGAGCUGAUGACUGGCAGACUGGCGCUUGAUAAGUCAAGACCCAAGGAAGAGCAGUCCCUGGCGGAGUGGGCAGCCCCAUUCCUAGCCUCUCCCUCCAAGCUCUAUCGAAUCAUGGACCCUGCUUUGUCCGGCCGCUACAGUGUGAAAGGUGCUCAGAUGGCGGCGGCUGUAGCGAGGGACUGCCUCACCCGCAAGGCAAAGCAGCGGCCACGCAUGUCCGAGGUGGUAACGGCGUUACAGCCGGUGCUGGAGCUCCUUGAUAUGGCUGGGUUUGGUACUGGUGGUGGUGUGACUGCUGGUGCUGGUGGUGUUGGUGCUGCUGCUGGUGUUGCUGUUGGUGGUGGGGCGGGAGGUGGAGUUGGGGGGGUAGGUCUGGGGAAUGGAGGAGGGGGGGCGCUGCUUACAAGGUCGAGUAGUGAGAAUAGCACGACUACGACGAAGGGAGGGGGCGUGGGUAGUGGAAAGAGGUGGCAGAAGAUAGGGAGUGGCCAGGGCUCGUUAGCUCAGAAACAGUUGUCUCUUAGAGAGGAGAGGAGACAGUUGUCUAUACGGGAGGAGACGGAGCAGGAUUGCUGACGGUUGAAGAACUAGUUGACUAUGAUUUGUGGAUUUAACUCUACAUGUUUGUCUAGGAUUUCAUACGAAUUUGCUAGUUUGUUUGGUUCUUGAGUUGGUUUUCGAGCGUGUUCCUGCGGCCUCUUCCCAGCCAACCUCUUCCCAGACUUGAGGCCUCAAAUUUGAAGGGUGUUUCACCCUGAUUGCCCUUGCCAGCGGCCGCUUUUUCAGGAUCACCCUGAUUUUGUAAGGG